AUGGGUUCCGACGAAGCACUUAGGUACCUCGUGGACUUCGAUGAAAGCCUUGUAUCGAAAGUCAACCUGCUGAAGGAGCUUCCCGGAGUUGGCAAUGUUGUCACCGACAAUGCCGGAUCUCCCUUGGUUCAAGCUAUCUUUGAUGCACUACCUGCUGCGAUGAAGAGAUGCCUCACGGAAAUGAGCGAGUCCUUUGCCAGACUGCACUUCAUUACAGGCCCCGCUGGCACCGGAAAGACGUACCUAAUGGAGGUCCUUAUUCUUCUUGCAAUCUUCGGCAACGGCAUCGAAAAUCCAGCGAAGUACAAGGGAUUCUCGGAAGACAACAAAUCACAGCGUCUACCAAACAUCGACCGAUAUUCAGAUGUACAAAGUCCCAUCGAUCGCGCCAAGAACGGACAUGCUUGUUCUGCUGAAGAGACUGCAGCGUUCAAACAGCAGUGCGAAAUGGUCAGGGAAUUCUCUGGUAUUAUGGUAACGACUCAUGCUGGAUGCGCCUCUCCCCUUCUACAACAAGAACUCCAGCCUGAUCUUAUCAUCAUCGAUGAUGCCUCCAACAUGAGUGAGACAACAUCAAAUUACAUCAUGGCUCACUUCGAACCCAAGGCAUGGGUCAUCACAGGCGACGGUACUCAUGACUACUUCCAGUACGAUGAAGCUGCCGAGGAUCAUGUUGACUGGGUCUAA